GGUACCUAUCGACCUAGUGGUCAACGGCGCCUCCCAAGACCCCUCGUCUCUUCCCCAUUUUAGUCGCGACUGGCUGUCUCUUUGCGCCUCCUGCGGCAUAAUACAGGGUGCAAGAGGAAGGAAAAGCGAGCAUCGAGUCAGCGCGAUGUCUCGCCAGAUCCUGAAACGCGAGACACGGUGGAAGUGGGAUGAUGAUCAUACUGGCUGGUUGCACCACAAACCGUCGAUCAACAGGCACCCAGUCUAGCAGAGAAUAGAAGGUGGCAUUCUAGCUAUCGAAUAGAAAUCAAGCCUCGUCCUUGAUGGGAUGGCUAACCGGCGAGGCGAGGUGCCAGAGAGAAAUUUCAGUUCGCAGGCAAAGGACAGCAGAAAGAAGGCAUAGCAGACUGCUUAUCAAAAGGACCUUGCAAGCAACUCUGUACCUUACGGUAGACCCAACCACUGCAAACACUUAGUCGCAACAUGUGCUUCCCAUGGAGCCUUCCAUCCCGUUUGCUUCCAGAAAGAAAGAGUGGGAAAAGAAGAUUCCCAAGUCUCUUCACUUUCACCUCAUCCUCUCCACUCCAUCCUCCCUCUCGAUCAUGGCAACUUGCCUCGAGAGCGACAUCCCCAGUUCAUCAAAUUGCCCCAAAUAUCCUCAGUCGUCAGAUUACCUCCCUUCGUCACCCUGUCCUGGCACCCCCGUGGCGGACAUGGACAAGCGAGGCCCGCGCGUGGGAGGCUUGCAGAAGCCUUGGAGCUUACCGGCCGGUCGAUUCCUUACACGGGGGUUUAUCAGUGCAGAUGACCGGAAAAAGCUCAGCCUAGUGACACCGGUGAGCUCAGACAACCCCCAAACAUGCCAGCUGGGACUCGGUAUCCAGCCAAUGGCCUCCCGUUGGGCAGCAAGACUGAUGGGCGUCGCGUCUCUGUGCGUUUCUGACCAGCCAAGAAAGGACGCCAUGGGGCUACAAUUGGCCACCGCAAUCUAUCACGGGUUGGGCAUCUACUGAGUCUUUUGCGCUGUUGCAUGUGUGACAUGUCACAUUUUCUCCGAAUCGCACGAAGCUUAUUGACCAUGAGGUGAGAAGACCAAAAUGCCUCCAGGCCCGAUGCGCUCACCGUCUAUUGCAUAAUAGUUCCAUGCCGGGGAGCCCACUACCUCUUCUGUUGAAUUGUUGAAGACAACGAGAGACAGGAAGAAACCUGGAGUUUUAAAAGCUAGGAAUCUGGCAGCCUAGGCUUCGAACCCAUCGAGAACUUGAUGAUCUACCACGUCCCUACUGAAUAUCACUUUCCAGACCGGUGUGGCAGGUAGGUUGUACCCAACAUACAGCUCCACAAGAGCAAACACGGGAUAAAAUGGAGAUGGCAUGGUCCGACACGCAGACAGCCAGUGGAUAUACGCAUUGGCGUCUUGACUUUCGACCGUUCCGAAUCUUUCAGAGCCCAAUAUCAAGAAUUCGUGACACAUAGGUUGGCUUUCCGUUUCAGGUGGCUUGGUUCUGAGCGUGCCGAUGCGUGCACUACUCGGGCGGCAAGACGGUCAGAUGCUUUCUUUACUCAGGGAUAGGCAAGAGCAGCGGAUCAUAUUUGUGUCUGUGGAACGACUAUCACCUUCUCCGACUGCAAGAUUGUGCAGCCACCCUCACAGCUUCGACUUGGCUCCGCCAGUGACUGCCUUGAUCCGGAACCCUGUCCGGGGAAAAUGUAGGCGGACCUCCUUUCCCUUGGCUUGGGUGCUCAGGACAACUUCAUCCUCAGUCAACCCAACCAGGCGGCCCUGGUCAUGAUGCUGGGUGCCCAAGUCGAUUGGAAACACUUCCACUUCGGUUCCUGGCUGCAAUCCAAGAGGAUCCGCGGGGUCAACGCCCAAGUCCUUGUCGACGAAGGAAGCGUUGAGGAUCCGCUCAGCUGCAGCGUCGCCUUUCAAAGAGGCCGGUUUCGGCGCUUGAGCUUUGGCGGCCUUGAGAACAUUGUUGAACCUGGCAAUCCACGCAAAUACCUUGGGAUAUCCCUUGUCAGAGAUCAACUCCCGGGGAAGUGCCCCUUUGAGUCCAUUCAACCAAUCAAAGGUCCAGAUGGCUGGGGCCACUUGCAUUAGCCAAAUCGACAUGGUAUAGCGACCCUGCUAGGUGCCUGCAGUGUACUUUUUGCUUACCUUCGAUGUCGGCCAGAGUCGGCUUUUCCGUCUUGAGUACCCAUUUCCGCCCAUCGGCCAGUAAGGUAGUCUCGAGGAGCUUGAAUCCGCUUCUGAUGGCUGCCACGGCCUCGGGUCGAUUCUCGGCGAUGUAUUCCUUGCUCCAUGGUCGGCCGGAGUACUCUUCUCGAUCUUUGGUGAAUUUAGGAUCGUUCAAAAGUGGCAUACUCGUCGGGAUCAGCUGCGACGCUCGUGUAAAGAGUCCCGCCUCUAUGUUCCAAAUUUCCAGAAACUUCUCAAUGGCCUUCUCUUCGGGGCUUGAUGCACCCAGAGCGCCUUCGGGGAACAAUUCUUCCAACUUGCGCAGGAUGAUUCGACUGUCGCAGUAGACAUCACGGCCUAUGCUCAUUACGGGAAUUCGUCUGUACUUGACACCCAGGACACUGAGAUCUGGUCGAGGCAUGACCGGCGGUUGCUUCUACACUAGUUUUCAGUAGGCGCUCAGUCAAGACAACAAGGAUGGGCGAAUGGCUGGCGGUCACUUCACUUACACACUCAGCAUAGUCCAUGCCUCGCAGACUCAGAUACCACAGAACUCUCCUAGCGAAGGGCGAGAACGAGUAGUGGUAGAGGACAAUGCCGUUGUUUGGACCGGCCAUCUUUGCUCGACGCUUACAACGAUCGGAGAAAAGGAUUCGCGGAUGGAUGGCACAGUGCUGAUUCUUGGAGGCAGUACGGAAACUUGUUGGUUUGGGUAUAUACCAACAGGAAGCCGAAGUUGGCUGCUGAAUUGAAUAUUAUCGC